CAUGUUAGUCCCUAUCAAAGAAGAGAAAACGGAAAAUCCUAACAGGAGCAGAGACAAUGCAAACUGGGCAGCCAAGUAAGGACGUUACUGGCCAUAGGAAGGGGAAGGUCAACUGUUUCAGGUGGCGAGUGCCAUUUUCUAAACAAAAUUAUGAGGCGAUCUGAGCAAUUUCAAGUUUAGCAUCUAUUUUGGGUAAAUUGGUGAAAAGAUUUGAUGAAAAGAUUAUCAAACAUGUAAAAGCAAGUCUGGCUGAAGAAGAAUCAACAUUGCUUUGAUAAAGAGUCUAAAAGUAUUAUGAAAAAGCAACAGUGUGCUGACUUCCAAUCUGCAAGUUUACUAUGGGGUACAAAUCUCCAAGUCCGAUUUCUUCUGUUCUCCUUUUCCAAUCCCAGCUGUGGAAGGCUGCUUUCACAAAAUGAGGAUAUCCAGGGCUCUGGAUUCAAUGCCAGUUUGGGAACUAAAAUAAUCAUUCAUGGUUUCAGGGCACUAGGCACCAAACCAUCGUGGAUAGAUGCACUAAUUCAAGCCUUGCUAGGGGUAGCCAAAGUCAAUGUGAUUGCUGUAGACUGGGUUCAUGGAGCCACAGCAGCCUAUCCUACUGCAGUGGAAAAUGUUAUGAAAUUGGGACUGGAAAUUUCCAGUUUUAUCCGCAGGUUACUGGCUGUGGGAGUGCCGGAGUCAUCCAUCCACCUUAUUGGGGUGAGCCUCGGAGCACAUGUCGGGGGUCUGGUGGGCCAGUUCUAUGAAGGCCAUCUUGGAAGAAUUACUGGUCUGGAUCCUGCUGGGCCAAAAUAUACCAGAGCCACCCCUGAGGAGCGCCUAGAUCCUGGGGAUGCUCUGUUCGUGGAAGCAAUUCACACAGAUUCAGAUAAUUUUGGUAUCCGGAUACCUGUGGGCCACAUUGAUUACUACCUUAAUGGAGGGAAAGAUCAGCCUGGAUGUCCCCGUUUCAUAUCAUCCGGCUACCACUAUCUGAUCUGUGACCAUAUGAGAGCUGUGCAUUUCUACAUCAGUGCCUUGAAUGAUUCCUGCCCCAUGAUGGCUUUCCCUUGUCCCAGUUAUAAGAAUUUCUUAGCCGGUCAUUGUUUAGAUUGCUUCGAUCCUUUCUUGCUCUCCUGUCCUACAGUCGGACUUUUGGACAACGGAGGACUCAACAUGAAAACACUGCCUAGAGAGGUUAAAGUUUACUUGGCCACAGCUGCAUCAGCACCAUACUGUGUACACCAUAUGCUUGUGGAAUUCCACUUGCAGCAGAGGAGAACUUCAGAUACCAAUAUUGAGAUAACCUUUCUCAGUAACAACUCCUCAGCCAGCACCAGCUUCAUCAUACCCAAGCAGCAAAUGCUAGGCAAAGGCUUGCUGACUCAUUCUGCUCCACUAUGCCAGAUAGAAAGUGUGAUGUUGCAGCACCAUCACAAGUUCUGGAGGAGAACCAAAGAUGAGACACCUGUUGUUGGCCACUUCUGUACUGCAUCUCUACCUGUGGAUAAAAAAGAGAAGAUGAUGUGUUUGCCACAAGUGCUGACUAUUACAAGCCAUAACCCCCUUCUCCAGAACCUCAACAUUCAGUGUGAUUAGUACAGUUUUGCCUUGUGGACACAGAGAUUAUUACAGGGCUGUAACUGUGAAGGGAAAUAUUCUAAAAUCAAAUGAGUUGUGUUAUUUGAACAUAUGUUUCUGUCCCAGUAUACUUGCUUCACUUCAAUUGUUAAUACUUUGUGCCUGUUUUUAGUAAAACUAAACAAUUGUACAACUAUGGAAUAAACAGAUACAAUGUCCAUAAAAUGGAACAGCACUUAAUUCAACAGGACCUAUCUCUCAUCAAUCUGAAGUAGAAAUAAGUAGGUUCUGCAGGUUUACAGCGGAAACUGGCUGUACAUGGUGCUAAUUGUUUGAAUUACUCCCCAGAUAUUACCAUCCCCUGUAAAUCCAGUUCUUCACUUAGAAGUGAACAAAUGGUAGGUCUGCUUGAUUGUGCUUUCAAGAGUGAAAGGCCAGUAUCAAGGAAGAGGGCGUUUCAUGAAUUUUUCCUCUACCUGCCUAUGUCCAUUAGCACAUUCAACCUAGUUUUCUGACCUACUAGAUGAUGACUUUCCACAAUAUUGCAGAAACUUUUCCCAUUCACAUCCCACCCAAUAUUCUGCAGAAUAUGGCAGCAGAAUUCUAUCCCUUAGUCCUAAAAUCUUUGCUCAGGACAUCUGACAUGCUGAUAAUAUGAAGAUUUUCUGUGCCGUAUAACCUACUUCAAAACAGAGGAAGGAUAGAAGGUGGACAUACAUAAGUUUCAUCUCCUAGAUCUUGACUUCGGUACGAGAGUAUCUACAACAUCUUCCUCCUUCUGUCUCAGCAAAAUCCUCUAAUGUUAAAAGAAAUACAGUACAGUACCAGCACAAACUCAGGACUGGUGACCAGGCUUGGCAUCACUAUUUGAAUUUCAUUUUGUAAAGAUGUUUUUGUAGGUUUUAAAAACAACAACCUCCAAAUUAUAACUAUAGAACCUUUGCAUGUCAUUAAUAAAAUAUAAAAUAAAGUCUUGAUUUAACUUUCCAUUCACUUGGCUUCCUGGAGUCAUUUUGUAAGUCUUUUCAUCACACCAGUGCUUUCCAAAAGGAACAUGAAGUCAUUGGUGGCCCACCCUGUUGAAAAGCAACCUCAUUUCUGUUGUGAGGAAAAUGAGGAAAAUAUAUCUUUGGGUAAAUCUUUGGGUAAAAGAAGCAAGUUUUUGGAGGCCUUAG